AUGCGGCUGUCGGAAGCGAAAAGCGUCAUCCAAAAAGUUAAGCCGCAUAAAAUUGGUAUCCGUUUCCCCAAGCGCGCCGCGUGGACACCAACAAUUCCCGCCUCUGGUCCAAAGAUCCCAGAUGAAAUUUUGAGACUCGCCAUUGUCAAGAGUCCGAGCGCAAGCAAGGCAGCUCCAGCAAAGACAGCCGCUGCCAUUCCAGAGGGAGUUCCACGCAUGCGCGAUGGUCGACCAAAGUACGAAGACAUCCCCGUGACAAACAUUCGAAACGUUAUUGCGAAGCGUUUAACUGAAUCGAAACAGACAAUUCCACACCAGUAUACUUCAAUUAAAGUCUCUGUUGACAACGCGAUGGCUCUUCGCGUCGCACUCAAGGAGUCCGGCGUCAACGUUUCAAUGAACGACAUUGUAUUGAAAGCAGUGUCCAUUGCGCUGAAGCAAGUGCCGGAGUUGAACGCAGUCUGGUCCGACGGAGACGUCCAGAGACUCGAGGACGUUGACAUGUGUAUUGCCGUGGCGACCGAUGCCGGCCUCUUCGCUCCCAAAUUGUCCAAAGUCGAUCAGCUCGGUCUAUCUGGAGUCAACGCGCACGUCAAAGAUAUCGCUGGACGAGCUAGAGAGGGCAAGCUCACUCCCAGCGAGCUGAGUGGGGGCGGAUUCAGCGUUUCUAAUUUGGGAAUGUUCGGAAUCACUGAAUUUACCGCCGUCAUCAAUCCUCCUCAGGCUGGAAUCCUGGCCGUUGGAGGCAUUGAAAAGGAACUCACUCUUGAUGGUUUAGUUAACACAAUGACCCUAACACUCUCUUCCGACGGUCGCUCAGUUGACGUCAACGACGCGUUUGUAUUCUGCGAGAAGCUGAAAGCGAUCUUAGAAAAUCCCAGAAUAAUGCUUAUGUUAUGA